CAGCAUUCCUUCUGUGGAAUGCCGGAUAGGUGCAAGUAACGUGGUGCUUUUUUCUCGCCGCUCCGGGGAGACUUCUCCAACCGGAGGGGCUCACGGGGGCUCCUUCCAAAGAGCGCCCUACUUGGCUUUGCCCACGGCUGGGAGCCCCGGGCGCCAAGAGGCGGGCCGCGUCUGCGUUCUCCCCAGCCGAACAGGGGGAGUUUCCAGGAAGUGGCCAUAUUGGAUUCAUUCAGUUGCAUCAAUCGAAAGAGGAGACAGGUUUGGGACGAGGCGACUUGCUCUAGCUAGCGCCUGAGAAGGAACUCCUGGCCCCUGACCUCCGGAGGUGCUCGGCUAUGGCUGCCACGGACUUGGAUCGAUUUUCUAAUGAAGAGAAAAGAAACCUAUCUUUGGGAGGCCAUGUUGGAUUUGACAGUCUUCCUGAUCAACUUGUCAGCAAAUCAGUGGUGCAAGGUUUCAGCUUCAACAUCCUCUGUGUAGGUGAAACCGGCAUCGGGAAAUCUACCCUGAUGAACACUCUUUUUAACACAACAUUUGAGACAGAGGAAGCUAGUCACUAUGAGCAGAUAGUCCGUUUACGGCCACGAACGUAUGAUCUGCAGGAAAGCAAUGUCCACCUAAAGCUGACCAUUGUAGAUGCUGUUGGCUUUGGAGAUCAGAUAAAUAAAGAUGAAAGUUACAGGCCAAUAGUAGAUUACAUUGACACGCAGUUUGAAAAUUAUUUACAAGAAGAGCUAAAAAUCCGGCGUUCCCUUUUUAAUUAUCACGAUACAAGAAUCCAUGUCUGCCUUUAUUUUAUCACCCCAACUGGCCAUUCACUGAAGUCCUUGGAUCUGGUGACCAUGAAAAAGCUGGACAGCAAAGUGAACAUUAUUCCCAUCAUUGCCAAAGCUGAUACUAUUUCCAAGAGUGAAUUGCACAAAUUUAAGAUAAAGAUAAUGAGCGAACUGGUCAGUAAUGGAGUUCAGAUUUAUCAGUUCCCUACUGAUGAUGAUGCUGUAUCUGAGAUUAAUUCUGUGAUGAAUGCUCAUCUACCAUUUGCUGUUGUGGGAAGCACAGAAGAAGUAAAAGUGGGAAAUAAAAUGGUGAGAGCUCGGCAGUAUCCAUGGGGUGUUGUUCAAGUUGAAAAUGAAAGCCACUGUGACUUUAUGAAACUGCGGGAAAUGCUGAUCCGGGUCAAUAUGGAAGACUUGCGAGAGCAAACGCAUGCUCGCCAUUAUGAGCUUUAUAGACGUUGUAAGCUAGAAGAAAUGGGUUUUAAGGACACAGAUCCUGACAGCCAGCCAUUCAGCCUUCAAGAAACGUAUGAGACCAAAAGAAAAGAGUUCCUUUGCGAAUUGCAAAAAAAAGAGGAGGAAAUGAGACAAAUGUUUGUGAACAAGGUCAAGGAGACGGAGUCUGAACUGAAAGAAAAGGAGAGAGAACUGCAUGAGAAGUUUGAACAUCUCAAGCGAAUACAUCAGGAAGAAAAGAGGAAAGUGGAGGAGAAAAGAAGAGAGCUUGAGGAAGAGAUGAACGCCUUCAACAGGCGGAAGGUGGCAGUUGAAACGUUACAGUGUCAGAACCUGCAAGCCACUUCACAGCAGCCACUGAAGAAAGACAAAGACAAGAAAAACUUCUUUAGUCUUCCCAGUUCGUGCUCCAUUACAUCAGGAAGAUAUGUAAAUUAGAAGAUUUAUUAAGGCCAAAACAUCUCAUGCAGAAGAGUUUUAAUUGGUGCUUCUACUUUUUUAAUGCUUGAAAUGUAUUCACAGAAGAGAUUCUAAAGGAAGGAAUGGUUUGGACGGCACUGCCGAAUCAGGUUCCUUGAUUAAGUAGAAACUGAUCAUUCAGUUAUAAAUGUUUAAUUCAGGCUAAAUGCAUGGCAUGUACUAAAAUAAAUAAAUAAAACUAAUUUUCCUAUGUGGAGAAAGAAAGCCCAACAAAGUUUCCCAAUGACAGACUGAACACACUGAGAAAGUAUUCAGAAUGAAUUUGAUGUUUUAGCUGUUGUUUUAUUUCUACUAUAAACAGAGAUUUGAUGUGUUUAGUUAUAAAGUGGAUCCAUUAAAAAUGUCUUUAGUUGUAAUGGAUCAAUUUUUUUUAAACAUAAUUUAGAAGCCCUACAUGAGAAAAGCCCCACCUUUUUUAAAAAAAAUCUAAUAAUGUCAGCGUGUUUCAAACUGGGGCAUCAAAGAUCAUUUUAAAUUAUCUCUAACCUUUCUAUGGAAUUCUAGCAUCUCUUAGCACUAACUUUGCAGAAAUUCCCCCUUAUGUCUGUAUAAUGAGACAUUUUGUAUGAAAGGAAAAUAACUCAUUAAAUUUCUGUGCCCAACUUGAUAGAGGAACAUUCCCAUUCUUGUCUCUUUAGAUCAUUUUUGUCUUCUCCCUCUCUCUAUGUGCAUCUGUUUUUUUAUUUAAUACCUCAAUGCCCAACCCCUUUUCUGUCUCCAAAUAAUAAAUUAAAACUUCUCAUGAACCAUUUUUAAAGGACAACUAAAUGGGAGAGGUGGAGAAAUUCCAUGAUUAAUAGGCUUUUUGUUAAGAUCUUGAAAUAAGACAACAAGAAAACCCUCUACAGAUCCCUUCCUUUAGCAAAAGGGAUGUUUAUGCGUAGCCCAAAUGCAGAGAUCCUAACCUGUUCUGGCAUAAAGGGUUCUAAUGUGGGAAGCCAAAUACAUCGAGGUUGAGUUACAAAAUAAAUUUACAUUUGGUCCUUCAGUUUGCCAGCUCACUGAAGACAGUUGGGGUGAGGCAGAAACCUGAAGUGGAGUGUAGAAGGACUCUCCAUUAAGACAUUAUUUGGGAGAAGAGUUCUGUAAAUUAGGGCAAUAUAUCCAAACUGACCUAUGGAUGAAAUGCAACAACUGCUAUGAAGUUAGUGUCCUUCAUUGUUUUGAAGUACACAGCAAUGCCUGUACUUUCAGGAAACUGGCCAGGGACCCCUCAGGACGAGCAGGAGUAAUCUGAAUCAGAAGGACCCUGUUGCUACAUUUGGAAGAAAGCAAAGUGGCCAUGCACAUUUUUAUCUCAAGAUACCACAUCAGAACAUUAAGCUGAAUGGAAGAGAGACUGAAAUCAUUAAAUCCCAAAGCUGAAGGGAUUUUAUUAUAGCAGCGGCAGUCAUUGGCUACUUUGGUGAAAUUUGCUAAAAAUGAACAAUGUGUGCUAUCUCUCCUCUUCACUCCCCAAUUUGCUGAUUAAGUGCAGAAGUAUCUGUUUGAAAGACAGAAUAGCAUUCAGCAUCUUUGGCCACAAGAACUGUCUCUUGAUCAACCCAGCUAAGAAAUGCAUUUUCAUUUUUUUUUUUUUUUUUGAAGUUUCUAGCCUCCUCAGACAUCUAAAAAUUUGGAGGACUGUGACUGUGAAACAUCUAGGGAUACUAUUUUCAUGUCAUCUUGGAAUUUAUGAACCUCUAGUUACUACUGUUUUCUGCCUUUCACAUUUAUGGCAAGAUAGAAGGACACAAACAAUGGCCCCAGAAGAUUUUACAAACAGAAAAGAAACCACUGAGUUCCGAUUGAAAGCAAAGAAAAUGCUGCUUUUGGCAUAGCCAUGACGUGCAGCCAGCUAAAAUUUUCUUCAAGUGAGUCCCCUUUGGGGAUCUGUUGAUUAGGUCUUGAAAUGGCAGAAAUAGUUUCAGAGACAAUAUUUGGAUUCAGUUAAAGCAGUCCCAUGGUAUAACUUGCAUUCCCAUAUUGCAACAAGAUACAGACGUGGUCUGCCUCCCGCAAUAACUUUUAAAAAAAUCUUCAUUACUCUGAACUCUGAUUCCUGGAAUGAAAUAUCUUAUAUUCAUUUCUUCAUUUAUGGAAAACAAAACUAAAGGAAUUUUCUUCCGCUAAAGUCCUACAUAACAUCCAAAAUAUGUUGGAUAUUUGUAGAAUUAUAUUCUAUCAGGAAAAAAAAAGUUUAAUACCAAGUGUUCAAGCUUAGCCAAAUGCUGCAGAUGUUCACAUGUUAGUUGGUCGUUAAAUAAUGUCCUCAUGAGAGCUACUGAAAACUGUUGCAUCUAAGGGACGUACAUGACUGGAUAGCAUUAAUUUCCCCUAGAACACUGUACACCGCCCUGAUAGUUAUAAUGUUUUCAUGGCAAUUUAUUUGCUCCUUUUCACAUCCUUUUCCCAAACCUUGAACUGUCUGAUUUCCCACAUGCUGUAGAAGUACACAGAAUAUGCUUCAUUCUAUAAGAAAGUGUGCAUUGUGUAGGUAUAGUUUGCAAACCGAAGGAAGUUUCAGAAAUUUGGUUGCUGAGAUCAUAGCCCAUUAAAUGCAUGCCUGUUCAAAGGUUAGGAUCUGUUGAGUUCGAGGCAUAUUUCAGAUAAGAAUCUAUACAACUGCAAUGUCUUCAAUGCACUAGCUUGUUUUCUAUUUGCAAAAGUCACAAGAACUAUGCCUUAUUUCCAAGAGAAAAAACAAAAUCAAGAAAGGAUAAAUUAGAUCUAAGAUUUUAAAUUAGAUUUUAUUGAACAAAAACACCCACUUUAAAAAAAAAGAGAGAGAGAGAGAGAGACACCUUCCUCUAGAUAGGCGAUAUUAAAAAUAUAAAAAGUCACAGUUUACAUGGUACUUUUGCUCCUAUAAUUUGAAAAGAAAGUCAAGACUUUUUCCAAAAUGACCCUUAGGAGACAUCAAAGCAUAUGAAAAAUAGUAGAUUUUACAUUUUAAUACAUUGCAUAACUUAAACUCCUCUGUCCCUUAUUGUAUCAGCAAUGUUCAUAUAUAAGUGGUCCUCAUACUUAAGCCUGGAAUUACGGUGGUAAGUUUUGCUGGUUGUUAAACAGUUCAUCGUGUGACUGACCUGAUACUGCAACAUUUUUUGUGGUGGUUAUUAACUAAAUCACUAUGGUUGUUAAGGGAACCAUUGUCCACAAUGGGCAUUUUUGCUGGAAACCAGAAAUAAACACUAGUUUCAGGCAAAAAAAAAAAAAGUUAAAUGCAAUCGUAUGCCCAAAUUGUGAUCACAUGACUGCAGAGGGGGGGCAGUCAUCCAAGUGGUAAAUAUCUUUUUUUUUUUUUUUUGGUCCAUCGUAACUUUGGUCACUAAGCUACCAGUUGUAAGUCAAGUACUGCUUGUACUAUGAAUCUGGCAAGGGACUAUUUUGAGUUCUUGAGCACACACAAGAACCUUCAUAAUGAUUGGGGGAAAGACCCAGCAUUCAAACUGCUGCUGCUGCUGUGAUAUAUUCCCAAGUUAUACCUUUCGCUAUGCUUAUUUCAUUCACAUGAUCACCAGGUAUGCAAUUUGAAAAUGCUGCCUAGGCCAGGUGAAAGAUGCAUGGAAUGGAGUUCACUUUCUAAAUUAAUUUCUGAUAUAGUGAAACUAAUAAUAAUGAACACUUGCCUAUAUUAACAUUUGUAAUGCUAUAGAGUCCAAUAUCCACUUGGAAACAGGUAAGGAAUGAGGACUUUGGGGGUUUUUUUGGGUGCGGUUUGUUUCACCUUGUUUCACAACAUUCAUGUGAAAAGUUCAUUACAUCACAGUAGCAUCAGAUAGAAAAAGAUUCUCACAAGAAAGAAUCCAACUGUUGAUCCUUUUAGCCCUGACUAAUGUUGCAAGUCAGGAGUUUAUUCAUUUGCUGGAUUUAGAAGGCCAUCCAACUCCUCCAUAAGACUCUGGGCAAUAUACAGCAUUGAAAGAUAAUUUUUUGGGGGGGCGGGGGACAGCAAAUACGAAACAAUAAGCUGCUUUCUCUCAAAACUCACUAGGUUUUCCUCACUGUCUUGUGUGUGCAAAUCUGAUCAGCUUUAAAAAUAUUUAUUUAUUUAUUCAUUCAGUUUAUAUGGCUGUCCAUCUCAAGUUCGUGACUUCUGAUAAUAGUUUUUGAAAAAAAAAACAUAAAAAGUUUUUUGAUAGUGAGAUGGGUGGAUUAUACAUUUAAUAAAUAACAUGAAUAAAUAAAUAAAUAAAAAGCAAGAAAUGACAGCACACGCAUAAGCCACAGUUGGGGUAAAAUCAGAUUCAUCAAAAACUAAUCAACACACCCCAACCAUUGUAUGCCACAUAUCGUGCCUCCCAGGCCUGAUAACAGAACCAUCUCUUUACAGCCUAAAAAAGGAUGACAAAGUCAAGGCUAACCUCAUCUCUGUGUGUGUGUGUGUGUGUGUGUGUGUGUGUGUGUGUGUGUGUGUGAGAGAGAGAGAGAGAGAGAGAGAGAGAGAGAGAGAGAGAGAGAUAUUGCUAAGGGUGGACAUAAUGACAAUCCUGGGCCCCACCAAAGGGCACUC